ACCAAGCGGUUCGCCCCGUCUCUAUAAAUACCCGUAUCACUCAGCCCACCUCUCACCGUCCUCUCAAAGAAAAUUUUCCUCUCCUCUCAAGAAAAAAUAAAAUAAAUAAAUAAAUAAAAAUGUCUUGCUACCGAGGGAAAUACGCUGAUGAACUCAUUGCCAAUGCUGCCUACAUUGGCACCCCAGGCAAGGGUAUCCUUGCAGCUGAUGAAUCUACCGGAACCAUCGGUAAGCGUCUUGCCAGCAUCAAUGUUGAGAACGUCGAGGAGAACCGCCGUGCUCUUCGUGAGCUCCUCUUCUGCACCCCUGGCUGCCUCCAGUACUUGAGCGGUGUCAUCCUCUUCGAAGAGACCCUCUACCAAAAAACUGCUGACGGGAAACCCUUUGUCGAUGUCCUCAAGGCUGGAGGAGUCCUUCCUGGUAUCAAGGUCGACAAGGGCACCAUCGAGCUUGCUGGAACCAACGGCGAGACCACCACCCAGGGCCACGAUGACCUUGGCAAGCGUUGCGCCAAGUACUACGAGGCAGGUGCUCGCUUCGCCAAGUGGCGUGCGGUGCUCAAGAUUGGUGCUAACGAGCCAUCUCAGCUCGCUAUCGACGUCAACGCCCAGGGUUUGGCACGAUAUGCCAUAAUCUGCCAGGAGAAUGGGCUUGUCCCCAUUGUUGAGCCAGAGAUUCUCGUUGAUGGAUCUCAUGACAUCAACAAGUGUGCUGAUGUGACCGAGAGGGUUCUUGCAGCUUGCUACAAGGCCCUCAACGACCACAAGGUUCUCUUGGAGGGGUCUCUUCUUAAGCCCAACAUGGUGACACCUGGCUCAGACUCGGCCAAGGUGAAGCCUGAGGUGGUGGCCGAGUACACAGUGAGGACCCUCCAGAGGACAAUGCCCGCUGCUGUCCCUGCUGUCGUCUUCCUCUCUGGAGGUCAGAGCGAGGAGGAGGCGACAUUGAACUUGAACGCCAUGAACCAGCUCAAGGGCAAGAAGCCAUGGUCGCUGUCUUUCUCAUUCGGUCGUGCUCUUCAGCAGAGCACUCUCAAGACAUGGGCGGGGAAGAAGGAGAACGUUGAGAAGGCUAGGGCAGCGUUCCUUGCUAGGUGCAAGGCUAACUCUGAAGCGACUCUCGGGACUUACAAGGGAGAUGCUGCUAAGGUCGAAGGAGCCUCGGAGAGCCUCCACGUUAAGGACUACAAGUACUAAAUUCGCAUACUGCUUACGAUGCUAUCGGUGUGAGAUAAAUAGAGGAACUGAGGAACUCUCCUGGGGUUAGAGAGCUUAGGAUGCUGCUGCUUUUAAUUUUGUUUGCUUUUAUGCUUUAGAGGUUAUUUUGCUGUCUCAAUAAGUUGGGAGGUUGACCUCCAGGAUACUGGUUUAGGUGUUUAUUAUCAUCUUUGUUCAUGUUGAAUUUGGAGGUUUUCUGCCAUGAAAAAAUGGUGGUAUGUAUGCGUUUAACCGCCUAGAUUUUGUUUAAUGUGUAUUUUUACAGUCUUUGUUGUUUCAUAUA